AUGUCUGCUCCUCCGCACCCACCGCCGCUUCAGACGUCGACUCAGGGCACCUUUUUCGCCAACAGCGGCACGUAUACGCCCUUGACACCCGACCAAGACCAUGUCGAAUCACCAUCCUUGACUUCGGGCAAUGCCCUUGCUCGCUUCGAGUUCGAGAGACCGGCUGGCGACAAGGCUGGCACAAAGAUCUUGAUGGUCGAAUGGGAGGAUGACGACCAGACCAAGCAAAUUCCCGGCCAAUGGUCUGUCGGCUGGGAGGCCAAGCGUGCCGCCGUGCUCAGCUCCAAUGCUGCCGACGGCAAGAGAGAAGGCUUGCAUCGACUGUACUUCUUGCUCUCUGUCGCCGAGCGUGUACCGGCCACCGUCACCCUCAUCCUACGGCCGGACAAUCAAGAGCGGGAAAACACAGUCUGGCGCACACAUCCUCUACCCGCCAUCUUCCCGCCUGAGCUGGGGGCUUCGGCUCGUCAAGCUGGCAAGAAGGGUGUGCUGCAUACUGUGUGGGCCAAGAAGCGUCUUCAAGUCCUCAAGCAAGAGAUAAACCACGAAGAACAAUACAGUCCUGAGGGUGUCGCUCUCUCUAUGGCUAUACAAGAGCGUGACUGGAUAGAGUCGAACUUUGGUGUUCGCACAAAGCCCACGGGCCUAAAGAUCGCUACCGCAAGCUCCUCUGGCUCCAUGGACCUUGGCUUGCCCAGUCCAGCCAGUCCUCAUAGUCCUGGUCGCGGUCCGCUGCUGGAAAGGCUCAAGGGCCUCAGUCUUGAUACCAAAGCCCCAACACACGACUCUAACCCUCUGAGUCCUGAAGGGUCAGACGUCGCCGUCAACUUCAACACCUUCGCUGCACUGCACGGCUUACCCGACCCCAGCACCCUUGCUGCAAAACCUCCUCAGCGCAUUGUACAUCAGAAUCAGCAAACGAACUCAACAGCACCACAAGCCCAACGGAGAAUCGCACCCCAAUUACCACCCGACUCCGUCCUUGCACAGCAACGACUACAAACUGGCAAUAGCAUGGCAUCAUUGAACGCUCUUGCCAUUAAUGAAGGUCCCGUCGAGUUCAAGACCACUUCUUCGACUGUUCUUCCUUCGGUAACAAGGAGUGACUCAGCUGCUGACGAGGAUGAUCUCUUUGCCUUGCCAUUGAGCCCUCGCAGCCCUGCUGAUCAACCGGCCGGAGGUUCUGCNUUUUCUUUCGCUGCUGACCACGUUGCCAAGUACACGCAAUGA